AUGGCCGAGAAAGUUUCGGCGCCCGCGGAGCGGCCGCGGGGCGCCGGCCGCGUCGUCUCCUCUUGCUCCGGCUCCUCGUCCGGCUCGGAAACUCUCUCCGAGGAGGGGGAGCCCGGCUUCGCCCCGGGCGCCGGCGGCGGCGCGGCGGCGGCGGCCCCCGGCGGGGCGGCAGCGGGGCGGCGGCGGCGGCCCGGCGAGGAGCGGGCGAGCCCCGGCGGCAGGGCGGCGGAGGACGCCUCGCUGGACGAGCGGGAUGAGGAGCUUGAUCACAUAUUGUCCCCUCCACCCAUGCCUUUACGGAAAUCCAGCAAUCCUGAGGUGUCUUCUGGCCCUGGAAAGUCUUUUAAAUUUAAGAGACAGCUGAGUGAGGAUGGAAGGCAGCUCAGAAGAGGAAGCCUUGGAGGAGCUCUGACAGGCAGGUACCUGCUUCCUAAUGCAGUUGGACAGCAGCUGUGGCAGCCUGCAGAAACCUCGAAUCUUGUUCGCAUGCGCAGCCAAGCACUUGGGCAGUCAGCACCUUCACUUACUGCUAGUUUGAAGGAAUUGAGCCUUCCAAGAAGAGGAAGUUUUUGUAGAACAAGCAACAGGAAGAGUUUGAUGGGCAAUGGCCAGUCUGCAGCUCUGCCUCGACCUCAUUCACCUCUCUCAGCUCAUGCAGGAAACAGUCCUCAAGAUAGCCCUAGAAACUUCUCUCCUAGUGCCUCAGCCCACUUUUCUUUUGCACGAAGGACCGAUGGUCGCCGCUGGUCAUUGGCUUCCCUCCCUUCUUCUGGCUAUGGUACAAAUACACCCAGCUCAACUGUUUCUUCAUCCUGUUCUUCCCAAGAGAAGCUACACCAGUUACCGUACCAACCGACACCUGAUGAACUACAUUUUUUAUCUAAACAUUUCUGUACCACUGAAAGCAUUGCUAGUGAUAGCAGAUGCAGGACCACUCCAAUGCGCCCUCGGUCCAGAAGCCUCAGCCCUGGACGUUCUCCUGCGUGCUGUGACAAUGAAAUAAUAAUGAUGAACCAUGUCUAUAAAGAAAGGUUCCCAAAGGCCACAGCUCAAAUGGAAGAACGACUUAAGGAUAUUAUAACGAAUCACUCUCCAGAUAAUGUCCUUCCCCUGGCAGAUGGAGUGCUCAGUUUUACCCACCAUCAAAUCAUAGAACUGGCUCGAGAUUGCUUGGAUAAAUCCCACCAGGGCCUCAUCACGUCACGAUACUUUCUUGAAUUACAGCAGAAAUUAGACAAAUUGCUACAGGAGGCUCAAGAGCGAUCAGAGAGUGGAGAACUGGCAUUUAUUAAGCAGCUAGUGCGAAAGAUCCUAAUAGUUAUUGCUCGUCCUGCUCGCCUAUUGGAAUGUCUGGAAUUUGAUCCUGAAGAGUUUUACUAUCUUCUAGAAGCAGCUGAAGGCCAUGCUAAAGAGGGACAAGGUAUUAAAACAGACAUUCCUCGAUAUAUUAUUAGCCAGUUGGGCUUAAAUAAAGAUCCACUGGAAGAAAUAGCUCAGCUAGCUAAUUAUGACAGUGGAACAGCAGAAACUCCAGAAACAGAUGAAUCAAUAAGUAGCUCUAAUACCUCACUGAAGCUACGGAGAAAACCUCGGGAAAGUGAUUUUGAAACAAUUAAGCUGAUUAGUAAUGGAGCUUAUGGUGCUGUUUAUUUUGUGAGACAUAAGGAAACCAGACAAAGAUUUGCCAUGAAGAAAAUUAAUAAGCAGAAUCUCAUCCUCCGAAACCAGAUCCAACAGGCUUUUGUUGAGCGCGAUAUCCUGACAUUUGCAGAAAAUCCAUUUGUUGUCAGCAUGUAUUGCUCCUUUGAAACAAGACGCCAUUUAUGUAUGGUCAUGGAAUAUGUAGAAGGUGGGGACUGUGCUACUUUGAUGAAGAAUAUGGGUCCCUUACCUGUAGACAUGGCAAGGAUGUACUUUGCAGAAACUGUUCUGGCCUUGGAAUACCUUCAUAAUUAUGGAAUUGUACACAGGGAUUUGAAACCAGACAAUUUAUUGGUAACAUCCAUGGGCCAUAUAAAGCUUACAGACUUUGGCCUGUCUAAGGUGGGGCUAAUGAGUUUGACUACCAAUCUGUAUGAGGGUCACAUUGAGAAGGAUGCCAGAGAAUUCCUUGACAAACAAGUCUGUGGUACACCUGAAUACAUAGCUCCUGAAGUAAUACUGAGGCAGGGUUACGGAAAGCCAGUGGACUGGUGGGCUAUGGGAAUUAUCCUUUAUGAAUUUCUUGUUGGGUGCGUGCCGUUCUUUGGAGAUACACCGGAGGAGCUGUUCGGACAAGUAAUCAGUGAUGAAAUCAACUGGCCUGAAAAGGAUGAAGCACCACCUCCAGAUGCCCAGGAUCUGAUUACCCUGCUGCUCAGGCAAAAUCCUUUGGAAAGACUGGGAACAGGUGGUGCUUAUGAGGUAAAGCAGCAUCAGUUCUUCCGGAGUCUUGACUGGAAUAGUCUGCUGAGGCAGAAGGCUGAAUUUAUUCCACAACUGGAGUCUGAAGAUGACACAAGUUAUUUUGAUACUCGUUCUGAGAAAUACCACCAUAUGGAAACUGAGGAAGAAGAUGAUACAAAUGAUGAAGAUUUUAAUUUGGAGAUUAGACAGUUUUCCUCAUGUUCACACAGGUUUUCAAAAGUUUUUAGUAGUAUAGAUCGAGUCACUCAAACACAAGGUGAAGAAAAAGAAGAUGCAGCUGACAAAAUAAAAAGUGUGACAUUGCGUUCUGUGGAAUCUUUAAGCUGGAGUUCAGAAUAUUCUGAAAUGCAACAAAUAUCUACAUCCAUCUCUUCUGGCACUGAAAGUAGCAGGCAGCGACACAGUUCUGGUUUGCUUCCGAAACUGGCCAUAUCAGCUGAAGGAGAACAGGAUGAUCCCGCUUGCCUAGUAGGACCCCGGGAGGAACAGGAAAAAGCUGCGUUUGUCAAUGAGGAAAUAGUGCAAGAUGAACCUGAGGUUACCACUCCAGCAAGUACUAUCAGCAGCUCCACACUAUCAGUUGGCAGUUUUUCAGAGCACUUAGAUCAGAUGAAUGGAAGAAGCGAGAGUGUGGACAGUACAGACAACUCCUCGAAGCCACCUAGUGAAGUUGCUUCUCAUAUGGCUCGUCAGCGAUUAGAAAGCACAGAGAAAAAGAAGAUCUCUGGAAAAGUCACUAAGUCCCUUUCUGCGAGUGCUUUGUCCCUCAUGAUCCCAGGAGACGUGUUUGGUGUUUCUCCUUUGGGAAGUCCUAUGUCUCCUCAUUCCCUAUCAUCAGAUCCUUCAUCCUCCCGAGAUUCCUCUCCUAGCCGUGAUUCUUCGACUGCUGCUGCAAGUCCUCAUCAGCCGAUAGUAAUUCACAGUUCAGGAAAAAAGUACGGCUUCACAAUCCGAGCAAUCAGGGUUUAUGUGGGUGACAGCGACAUCUACACUGUGCAUCAUAUUGUUUGGAAUGUGGAAGAGGGAAGUGCAGCAUACCAAGCAGGAUUAAAAGCUGGGGAUCUGAUUACCCAUAUCAAUGGAGAGCCAGUGCAUGGUCUUGUUCAUACAGAAGUCAUUGAGUUGUUAUUAAAGAGUGGUAACAAAGUGUCAAUUACUACAACCCCCUUCGAGAACACUUCAAUCAAGACAGGGCCUGCCAGGAGAAAUAGCUACAGGAGCCGAAUGGUUAGACGCAGUAAGAAAACCAAGAAGAAAGAGAGCUUGGAGAGGAGGAGAUCUCUCUUUAAAAAGUUGGCCAAGCAACCCUCCCCUCUUCUCCACACCAGCAGAAGUUUCUCCUGCCUGAACCGGUCACUUUCAUCAGGAGAGAGCUUGCCUGGGUCUCCAACCCACAGUUUGUCUCCCAGGUCACCGACCCCAAGCUACCGCUCCACUCCUGAUUUUCCAUCUGGUACCAAUUCUUCCCAGAGUAGCUCCCCUAGUUCAAGUGCUCCCAAUUCUCCAGCUGGUUCAGGACACAUAAGACCCAGCACUCUUCAUGGCUUGGGUCCAAAGCUUGGUGGGCAGAGAUACAGAUCAGGAAGACGCAAAUCAGCUGGCAGCAUUCCUCUCUCUCCUCUGGCACGGACACCUUCUCCAACACCCCAGCCCACAUCGCCUCAGCGAUCUCCAUCACCGUUGCUGGGACAUUCGAUUGGAAAUACAAAAAUAGCUCAGUCUUUCCCUAGCAAAAUGCAUUCCCCUCCAACUAUUGUAAGGCAUAUUGUUAGGCCGAAGAGUGCAGAGCCACCAAGGUCUCCACUGUUAAAGAGAGUCCAAUCUGAAGAGAAACUUGCACCAUCUUAUGGUAGCGAUAAGAAACACUUAUGUUCACGAAAACAUAGUCUUGAAGUGACCCAGGAAGAAGUAAAUAGAGAACUGUCCCAAAGAGAAGUAACCCUUCAGAGCUUGGAGGAGAAUGUAUGUGAUGUACCAUCACUUACAAGGGUCAGACCUGCAGAGCAGGGCUGCUUGAAACGCCCCAUCUCCCGAAAAUUAGGUAGACAGGAAUCUGUUGAUGAGUUGGACAGAGAGAAGCUGAAGGUCAAGAUAGUCAUGAAAAAGCAAGAUUUUGCUGAAAAAUCAAAUACUAUCCAUGAGCCUAUCAGGGAGCCAGAAAAUCCCAAUACCUUGAGAUUGGAAGAAAGGGACAAAAAAGCAUUUCAGAAGGUUUUAGAAAGAUCAAAUCAGUUUGAAGCAAAAACGGUUACUCUGGAGACUCAGUCAGCUGGUGGCAUACUCAAAGACACCCUUCAAAAGAAUGCAAACUUAAGAUCAAAUGACUGUAUUGCUUUAGAUGCACAGAUGUUGUGUCAUGGGCCUCCACUUAAUGAACUCAGUCAUAUUUCUUAUGACUUCAAAAGAAUUUCCCCUCCAUGUAUGCUGCAAGAUGCGCUACCUCAAUCCUCUGACAAAACACUAAAUGGAAAGGGAGAAAACACAGAUAAAAAUGUAUCAUCAAAAGAAUUUGUCAAAUUUGAAAGAUUAGAUAGUAAGCUUACAAAUAUUGAUUACCUUAGAAAGAAAAUGUCCUUUGAAGAAAAAGAUGACAGCGUUUGUCCAGUGCUAAAACCCAAAUUGACAUCAAGUGUUCAUGAAUGCCUUCAACUUAAUACAGUCAGACCCAUAAACAUACAGCAGGAUUCCACUACAGUUGCUGAUGGUAGAGCAUUCAUCAGCAGUGCUCAUGCUGCUCAGAUUAGCUCGGUUUCUUUUGUUCCUCUCAAAGCUUUGAAUGGCCGAGUGGAAACUGGAGUUGAAAAAUCAGCCCUUAUUUCUACUGAGUCUCCUGUCAGGAAAAGUCCAUCAGAAUAUAAACUGGAUGGAAGGUCUGUUUCAUGUUUGAAGCCAAUAGAAGGCACAUUGGACAUUGCCUUACUUUCCGGGCCACAGGCUUCAAAGACUGAACUGCCUUUGUGUGUACUACCAGAAGGCCAGGUCACUAAUAGUGAUGUGGGAUCUCCUAAACCCCCAUCACCACAAGGGAGUGGUGGACAGGUAGAACUGAGCAGUCAAAAAGAGCUGUUGUUGAGUUAUUCAAAAUCUAGCAAAACCAACAUGCAAGAGCCCCAGUUUCUACAAGCAAGCAAGAAUUCUCACAAUCCAUCAGUCAUCCCUGUUGCUGCUGAAGUAGCGACAGAGAAAAAGGUUUCUAGUCUAGCUGCUAAAGGCAACACUUCUGUUACUGAAGUUGUUCAAAGGAAAGACACUUCCCCUUCAAAACAGAAGAACAAUUUAGUGGAGGUAAAGUCAUGUGCUGUUCAGAAUCAGAGUCUUAAAACUACCCAGACAUGUUCCAAACUUUCUACUGUCCAGAGCACUCCUGAAAAAGCUGUAGAAAAAGAGAAGCAAAUGCAAAAGGAGUUGCCUGCCAAACAGCUAGUAAUACACAGAAAUUACGAACCUCUCCCUGCAAAGGUGGAGGUGGUCAGGGAGUUGUCUCCGAAGGUAUCUGUCUCAGAUGUCCUGACAACAAGUUACACCAAAACCAACGAAAAACAUUCUGUUGAUUUUGCCGUUCCACCUCAGAUGCAAGGAAAAGUGCAGGCAGCUGGUCCCAAGGCACAACCUAAAGAUAGCAGAGAUUCACUGAAACAGCUAGGCAAAGAUGAUGCCGCCAUUGCGAGUAGUUUUCUAGAAAGGGACAUAAAGCAGAAGGUGUGUCUCAGUGAGUCCAAGAAAGCUCUUGCAGAGUCAAAGAGCAAAACUGUUCCAUCCAAACAGCCCAUGCAGCCCUCAGUAGACUGUGAUCCUAAAAAUGGGAAGCCUACACUGUGUCCAUCUGUACAGAAGGACAACACCAAAGAUUCAGGAAAGAAAGAACAGAAGCAACUCACUGAUGCUAGGCUUCAGACUACUGAGAGAGAGCUGUCCAACCAAGUUCCUCAGCAGCAACUUAAUGCCUCAGGCUCCCCUGCUGUGAAAGAGACUGUAAACUGUGCUGUAGAUGUUCAUGUAGGCACUCACGAACAUGUGAAGCCUGCUACUGCCUGUGUUGAAAGCAGCAGUAAUAAAUUCAGGCCUGUCUCUGAUAAUAGUUCCUCUAAGUCUAAGCACUUAGAUAAACAGACUGUUUCACAAAAAACAUGCACUCCAACUGUAAAAGAAAAAGAUGCAAUUUUUCAGGUAUCUGCCAGCUCCCGGAAAGAUGGGAAAUAUGCCAGUAAAAAUGUGCAAGAUACUCCUUUUGUUUCGGGCUCACUGAGAAAAACGAGCAGUGAACAUGUUCAGGUUGAAAGGCCUCUGGGUUUAGAACAUGCGUCAGUAUCCACCCUUCAAAUAAAUAGUAUUACUGCAGAAAAUAAACCCAAAUCCUCUACUGUUGGCCAGGUACCAACAAGCCCAGAGAGUUCUAAGCAAAGGCAAGAACCAGCAGGCUUUGGGGGAUCUGCUGAUCAAAAGCAUCUUCAGCUCAGUGAAAAACAAACUAUAUCUCCAAAGUUUUCCACUGUGAAAGACUGUCUCUUACUGAGCAAAGAGACAGAGAGAAGCCCUACUAAUCAGAUGAUCUUGGCAGACAAAAGACCUGAAGGAAAAAUAUGCACUGACGCACUUUAUGUUCAACAUGACAGUGGGAAAGUAGAACCUACCCUUUGCCUCACGAACUGUGAUGCCAGAGGGAAAGGAGCGGAAAAAGUAACUACAAGUAGCAAAAGCUCUCAAGAUUCAAAAGGGAAAGGACAAGUUAAUCAAAAACAGCCAGAGGAUGCAAACAAGCAGAUCACAACAAAACAUUCAUCAGCUGCUACUGGGCAGAGUUCUUGUCGUGUGGCUGCAACAUCAGGAAAGCCACUGACUUGUUCAGCCAAUUUCUCUGAAUGCAGACAAGAAGCAUCUGUCUCGUCUUCAGUGAAGAGCGAUGCAUCUUCAACAAAGGUGAAAGCAGGCUCACCUGAGCUUCCUGCAGUCAUCUACAAGGAAUUGAAUAAGAAAAGCACCUCUUCCAUAGGGAGUGGUAAGACAGAAAUGACUAAAAGUGUUUCUCUGAUGACCUUGCAUAGUGCAGCUGUUGCAGUAGAAGCCCACCACCCUACUUCAAACCUUGGGGGAAAACCUGGAAAUCAAGAAAGGUCUUUUUUUGUUAGCACUAUGGAUGUAAAGGGAAAAGAUGCUGUACAGGCUCAGCCUUCUACUUCAAGAAAACAGAAUGUAGGUAAAGAUUUACCUAGGUCAGCAACCAUGCCUGACCGCCCUAAUGCACUUUCCAGUGACAAAGACUCAGCCCGGCAGCGGCGAGGAAAGGAAGUUUUGCGGAGUAGUCCUCACAAAAAAUCCUCUUGACUGUAGUACCUGGCAGAUUGGACUUCAAGAGUAGCUGAGAAAAAUGUCAACGUGUUUUGACUACCUUCAAACCAGCACUGUGUGGUGUCCUUGUGCAGCAAAGCUUUCAUGUCACUGAAGCAAGGGGACAGAGGACUUUUUUUUUUUUUUUUUUUUUUUCAAAAUGCCUUCCCAAAUGUAACCGGUAAAACUGUUACCAUAUAGUAUUUGUACAAAAAUAACUUUACAGCUGAGAACUGUUGAAGAAAAGAUUUCCUCUGUAAAUACCUAGUGAUGAAUUUGGGGUCUGAAUGUAGCAUAUAUACUUUGCUGCUGAUUGCAUUGUUUACUCUCCCCUUUUUUAAGAUAGUUGCUUUGCCACUUAUUUGCCAUAGUCAAAUAUGAAACCGAAUUACUAAAGCUUAGACCUGGCAUGGACAUGCACAAACAUUGGUCUGAGUGGAAAACAAAAAUAUGCCACAUUUUUACUUACUAGGAAUCCUAGCUAGAGUUAAAAAUACUAGGAAAGAAUAAAUAUGGUGACUUAUUGUGAGUUUUUACAUGUAUUUUUAAUAAUCAGAUUUUGAUAGUACUGUAUCUGGCUAACUGCUUCACCAGAUCAAAUACAAUAUCUAACUGCAUCUCCCUACUGCACAAAGUCUGUCCCUUAAAAUAGGUAUAAUUAAAGCUAAGGGAGGACCACUUUGUUAUCACUACAUCCCAGUAGAUAGAAGAGUAGUGUUUUCUGGUGAAAUGGUUGUUCUCGUCUUGUCUAUUGGGAGUGUAUUCUGCGACCUUCGCCUCAGACAAGGCUGAGAAUCUAAAGCACAUGCUGUGUGCUUAUUUUCUGCUGCAACCCUCUUGGUUUCCUUGAGCUUUUUUAAAUUCAGGCCCUUACAGUGUGAGGCACAAGUAUAAGCACAUGACUUGCAGUACUAUGUUCAUCCCUGUUUUUUAAUGAAUUUAGAGAGUGUGUAUUAUCAUGACAUACAGGUUUGCAUAGCUUCAUGCAACUGUAGCUUUUUUUUUUCUAUUUUAUGAAAUGGGGUAAAAAGGAAAAGAAAAAGCUUCAAUAUCGUAUCUUCAGAAAAGUUUAGGACAUCUGAUACAUUUUAAUACAUAGCUGGGGCCUUACGUUGUAGACUUAACUUGCUGUUUUUAGCAAGUAAUUCUGGGUUUCACAUUCAUUUCUAAAUGCAUUGAGUAGCUCCAUACAUUUCAUAACGUAAUCUUUUUGUUUGUAUGCAAAAAAAGUAAAUACUGUAAUUAAAAGAGAUGCGUUUUUGUAACAAAGGAACCUGUUGGAGCUAUUUGGUGCUAGAAUGUGACUGUCUUUUUACUUUUGCUAAGCCUUAUUUAAAUUUUGUAUACUGUGGAACAGGUAGACUUUGAUCAUUUUAGCAUGGAAGUAUUCAGAUUGUUUUGAAGGGUGAAAGGUAAAAUUUGAAACAUGUACAGGAGCACUACAAAAUAUCUUUGCAGAUGAGUGUUUUUAAAUGAUUGGGAUCAGUAAGAUGGUAUUUUUGCUUAUUUCUGUUAUAUGUACCCACACUAGGGCUAAGCCCCAACCUCUUUCAUUGGGGCUUAUGGAUUGUCUUUCUGUCUCAAAAGCUAUAAAAUUGUUCAUAAAAGCACAGUGUAAUCUUGACUUGGGGGUUUGUAUGACAACUGACAGUGUACAGAUUUCCCCCUGGGAAAGGCUUUAUUGCAGUGAUUAGUUGAGUUGGAUUACAACUAACCUGUAACAGAAAGAUAAAAUCACAAGCAAGUCCUGAUUUUUUCAUGUGGCACUAGAACAUUCAUACUACCUUUUAUGUGUUCACAGAGGAGCUAGUGAGUGACAGAAUACUUUUUGAGUAGUUUUGAAGAGAAAUGGUCUCAACAUUUACAGUUCAUCUGUGCUUUGGCAGUUAUUACAAACAAAUGCUAAUGCACUUCAGUAUCAUAACAUUUCUGUCUGAGAGGUAUUUCCUAGUUUACAGUCUUCUGGAUUUUUUUUUAAACUAUCCUCUUGUUUCCUUUAAAGCACAUCUAGCUAUUUGUUUACAGCAUACCUUUAUGUAUAUUUUUGUAUAGUUCCUUAUCACUUCUGACAAAUAAGUUUUCUGCAUUAUGGAAGCGUAACAGUGCUUAAGCUUGUGUUUAUGUAGUACCUGUUUGUUGGUGUUUACCUUACCAGUGAGCUGUUAGAGAUCCUCCUACCUGUGUGCUUCUUGGUCAGUCUUCAUGUGAUCGUAGAUCUGAUGUGUUCCUUUGUAGACUUCCUGCUGUAGAUUUCUCAGCUUACAAAGAAAAAAAAAAAAAAAGAAAAAAAAAAAGAAAAGAAAAGAAAAAAAUUGAUAGGGUCUGUGCAAUAAAGUGUUUGCAGUCUUAUUUUCUCUAAGAAACUCCUGAUGGAUGGCAUAAUUGUUGUAUAUUGAACACAAUUAUUUAUACUUAUGCAAUUGCAUAAUAUUGAAAUAAAAA